AGAAAGAGAGAGAGAGCACUCUAACCCUGCCCACUUUUACAAAGCCAUUCAACUCCGACAUAGUGAGGCUUCUCCAGUGCUGUGUACAUCAGCAGGAAAGGACACCAUCACUACUGCAGCUCAACACACUGUCCUAUAUCCCAGGCACUUUGUUCAAGGACUAAAGUAGCGUGGACACGCUCUACCGAACACGAGACUGGAGAGAGUGGACAAGAGACUUCACUAACUGGACAAAAAGAAGAGGAAUGGUUUUACAAAUCUGAGAGGAGACAAAGCUGAGAGGAGACACCUGCUUUCCUGGACUUGAUAGGAUAAGUGGUUUACAAGGACUGCAGCAAAGACCUGGUUUAUGAGGACCAAAGUAAAGAGCCUGGUCUCAAAACCUCCAUCUCCACUUUCCAACAUCCAACUUUUUGAAGCUAUAGUACCACUCUCAAAAAAGAAGCUAUAGUACCACUCUCAAAGAAGAAGCUAUAGUACCACUCUCAAAGAAGAAGCUAUAGUACCACUCUCAAAAAAGAAGCUAUAGUACCACUCUCAAAGAAGAAGCUGUAGAACCACUCUCAAAGAAGGAUUGUACUUUUCUCAAACUUGUUCUUUCAGGGAAACAGAGGUAAGGUGAAGAGAGCUCUCCGGUGUGCUGCUUCUCGUUCAGUCACCCCUUGCCGCAGUCCUCUCAUCACCCUCUCCAGGGAGUGUGUGUGUGUGAGUGUGUGUGUGUGUCUGUGAGUUGUCUGCGCUUUGUAGCACAGGAUGCCCUCGUUAGCCGCGUUGGCUCGGGUGCUGGCGUUGCUUCUCCCUGGGCUGCAGACAGGAUGUGGCUCCGCUACGGUAGCGGGAUCACUUGCGACGGUGGAUGGAGCUACACGGGGACAGGAGCAGGUGGAGGAGAUCCAGGUGACCCCCUGUCCUUCCUGUGUGCUGGCCCAGAUGAGGAGUGACUACCUGGGCUCGGACCCGGGUUCUGUCCCGGCCCCUCCUGGAUCUGAAUCGGCGUCGGCUCCGACGGACAUGGUAGAAGCGGUGAAGCAGCACAUCCUCGACAUGCUCCAUCUCAGCGCGAGGCCCAACGUCACCCACCCGGUGCCGCGCGCCGCCCUGCUCAACGCCAUCAAGAAACUACACGUGGGCCGCGUGGGCAAAGACGGCAGCGUGGAGAUCCAGGAGGAGGGGCCGGGGGGCGGCGUGGGGGCGGCGCCGCCACCCGAGCCGCCCUCCGAGAUCAUCACCUUUGCCGAGCCAGGCGACACUACAUCCGCUGUGACCUUUGACAUUUCCAAGGAGGGCAGUGAGCUCUCAGUGGUGGAGCAGGCCAACGUGUGGCUCUUCCUCAAGCUGGCCAAGGGGCAAGGGCGAGGCAAGGGCAAGGUGAACAUACAGCUUCUGCAGCGCCGCCGGCAGAAGACCAAAGCGCCAGGCUUUGCCUUCAACGAGACCCAGGGCGAGGAGGAGUUGGUGUCUGAGAAGAUGGUGGACACGAGGCGCAGCGGCUGGCACACGCUCCCCGUGUCGCACAGCAUCCAGUCCCUCCUGGACACCGGUGGCAGCGUCAUCGAUCUGCGAGUCUCCUGCCCGCAGUGCACCGAGGCGGGCGCCACACCCAUCUUGGUCCAGACCUUGGGCGAGCAACCGGGACGAGAGAGGGACCAAUCCCACCGGCCUUUCCUCAUGGUCGUAUUGCGGCCCGGCACGGAGGAACACACUCGCCGACGCGUCAAACGCGGCCUGGAGUGCGACGGAAAGAUGCACAUCUGUUGCAAGCGGCAGUUCUAUGUCAACUUCAAGGACAUCGGCUGGAACGACUGGAUCAUCGCGCCGCCGGGCUACCACGCCAACUACUGCGAGGGCGACUGCCCCAGCCACGUGGCCAGCAUCACGGGCUCCUCGCUGUCCUUCCACUCCACUGUCAUCAACCACUACCGAAUGCGAGGCUACGCGCCCUUCCAGAACACCCAGUCGUGCUGCGUGCCCACGCGGCUACGCGCCAUGUCUAUGCUCUACUACAACGAGGAGCAGAAGAUCAUCAAGAAGGAUAUCCAGAACAUGAUUGUGGACGGGUGUGGCUGCUCAUGAGAGACAGUGAAAGAGAGCAGAUAUAUAUAUAUAUAGACUCACCAAUAACAAGAAGACACCCGUUGGGAUGAUGGGCCGUUUAUCCCUUCAAACAAAAACAAUACCUUUUUUGGGGAGUCAUGUAAAAAAUGUGUUGACUGACUGAUCUGUCCGUUUUGUCUGAUUAUCCGAUGGGAAAUUUUGAAGUCUCUUUUUUCAGAUUUGGAAAUUUUGAAGUCUCUUUUUUCAGAUUUAAAAAAAAAGAGACUACAGAAUAUAUUUUUGUUGAAUGGAGAGCAAGAGUGGGAUUCCUGCUUCUCUGCACUGCAAUGAACAUGGUACCAUUUUCCCUGAAAGAAAAAACCAUACAACUGAUCAAGUAUUACCGUGUUUUUCUUUUUAAUGUUUCUUUACACAUUAUGGGUGUUUUGAUUUAUUUUUUCAUUUGUAUACAAGGAGGAAGACUUUUUUUUGCAAAUUGUUUUGUUGUUGUUUUUGUUCAAAUGCGCGUCUGUGUUUCAGUUGUUUGUUACUGUUGAGAGAUACUUGAAAGAAAUAGGUUUGACCAGCUACUGGAGCCAAACACUUUUAUAAUUAAUAACACGUUUUUUUUAUUUUUAUUAUUAUUAAUAUUUCUGAACUAUUUUGUCUUUUUACAUAAAAAAAAAUAAAAAUUAUGUUGAAAUUUGCACUAUACCAACAUUCAUGCCAGCUUGAUCACAUUGACGGUAAAACACCAAACAGAUGAGAAGACUACAGCUACAGACUUCUCAAGCAAAAACAUAUGAAGAGUUUUUUUUCCGACACUGUAAAAAAAAAAAAGUUGUAUAAAUUAUCUUUUAUAUUUGAAAGAACUUCUGAAAGAAAUUGGGUUGAGUCUAUCCUAAUCAUGGCAUGGAGUUGUUCAAUGACAGACAUGUAUUUGUUUGAAAUCUAUCACUUGAUGGUUUAUUUCAGUGACAAAUAAUCAUGUAGUUUAGCUAAAAGUAGUAUUGCUAGGUUUAACACAGUCAAAUGUAACA